UUUGAGAGGGACCCUUGAACCCCAUAGGACAGAAAACAGCAAAUGUAACCGGAGUACAAUUUGUAUUUACUGUUUGUAACCAAAUUGAUGCCAACACCCCAUGGAUCCUCCUCAAGGACCCUGGACACAGCUAAGUGCCUCUGCCGUCAAUGACAGUUCGUUCUCCUCUGCUUGCGCGCAGCUACACAGAUUAGGAACACGCACAGAUGCACACGCACACCCUUCUCCGCCUCCUCAGAAACGACUCUCGGUUGAUCCAUCAGUCGGUCAGUCUUUAUCCUCCCUUGUGCUGGUGGCGUUGUGUGUGUGUGUGUGUGUGUGUGUGUGAGUGAAUCCGUACUGGAGCUCGGAGGACGACGACGACAAUGAUGAAGACCACACCGAGAGGGGUUGAAACGCAUGACCGCCGUCGUCUACAGAUUGCCCGGAGUGAGGUUUGCGUCUUCUGCGCAACAACUUCUGAGGGUUAAUAGGCGGCAGCUAUUUUCGGAUUGUCGGUGGUUAUGUCAUUUAGCUUCUGAAUGGAGCAGCCUCAGAAGGAAAAUCUGAGUUAAGGUAUUUCACAGGGACUGUGGGGCGUUACGCGGACCUUGGUGUUGCGUAAAGCGCCCUUGGUGCUAGUUUUGGAGAGUUGGGAAGCGGAGUGCUGCUCUUUUGAAAGGAUGAACAACUCAAAGAAUCAAAAGGACAGCGACAUCCAGAAGAAGAUUGACCAUGAGAUCCGUAUGCGCGAUGGAGCCUGCAAGCUGCUGGCUGCCUGCUCCCAGAAAGACCAGGCGUUGGAGGCAUCGAAGAGCCUGCAGACCUGCAGCACACGUAUCAUGGCCUACAUGUCGGAGCUGCAGAGGAUGAAAGAGGCUCAGGUCAUGCAGAAGGUCACGCGGAGGUCGUCAGACGCAGGGCCGAUGGACGACAGACUCCCGUGCAAAGGAAAAGUGGCCAUCUCCGAUCUUCGGAUCCCUCUCAUGUGGAAAGACACGGAGUACUUCAAGAACAAAGGAGAGCUUCAUCGGUGUGCAGUGUUCUGCCUGCUGCAGCUGGGAGGAGAGAUCUUUGACACAGACAUGGUGAUAGUGGACCGGACACUCACUGAUAUUUGCUUUGACAACACCAUCGUAUUUAACGAAGUCAGCCCAGGUUUUGAGCUGCGUGUUGAGCUGUACAGCUGCAGUUCAGAGGACGACUACUCAACAGGCAGCACGCCAAGGAAACUAGCCAGUAAACUGAGCUCGUCACUGGGGCGAUCAGCCGGGAAGAAGCUCCGGGCAGCCAUGGAGCCUGGGCCAUGUAGUCCUGUUAGCAACGGGGGGGCAACUCCUCUUCUACUGCCAGUUCCCUCUGUACCGGGCCCUAAGUACCACCUUUUAGCUCAUACCAGCCUGUCACUGUCACACGUCCAGGACAGCUUUCGCACACAUGACCUCACCAUCUCAGGCAACGAAGAGUGUUCGUAUUGGCUGCCACUCUAUGGCUCUAUGUGUUGCCGCCUCGCAGCUCAGCCUCACUGUAUGACCCAACAGAUGAUGAGUGGAUGUUUGAAAGUUAAGCAGUUGGGAGGUGACCCUCAGAGUUGGACAAAAGUGUACGCCGUUCUAAAAGGAACAAGCCUUUUCUGCUACCACCGGCAAGAAGAUGUGGAGGCUAACAUCGAGCCAGCGUUCACUAUUGCCAUCAACAAGGAGACCAGAAUACGCGCGUCUGAGAAAGACCCUCAAAGUAAAGUUCAGAAUAUCUGUAUCAGUAACCAGUACGGAGGUGAGGAGGUCACACACACUCUGACAACAGACAGCCGUGAAGACACGCACCGGUGGAUGGAGGCCUAUUGGCAACAUUUCUACGACAUGAGCCAAUGGAAACAGUGCUGUGAUGACUUAAUGAAAAUUGAACUGCCAUCACCAAGGAAACCAGCUCCUGUCACACUAAAACAGGGCUCACUCUAUCACGAAAUGGUUAUUGAGUCAUCCAAUGACCUCAGCAGCACUGUGUCAGAAAUCCUGGCUCGGAGAAUGCAGGAGCUGGAGCUCCGCAGCCAGCUGGGAACCUCCCCCACCUGGAUGUCUGUGUUUGAGGAGAACAACCCCAAUUGCGCUGGCCGUCCCUGUACUUCUCGCCUUUCUGGCCACAGCCCCUGCACCCCUCAUCGACUGCCCCGGAGUCCUGUGAGCCCUCACCGCUGCCCACAGCUGAGUCUGCUGUCCUCAGAUGCAAGCCUGACCUCCGACAGCGACAGUCAUUGCAGCACCAGUCCCUGCUCUUACCGCCACGGCUGGCCCGAGCCUUCUUCAAACUUCCCUCUCUUGUCGUCUUCCCCUUCCCGCCUGAGGCCACGCACUCUGUCGCUGGACGCUAAGCUCAGCACCCUUCGAGGGAGGGUGUAUGGAGGAGGAGGGACCCUCCAGUGUCCCUGCCAGCAACCUCCCUCCUCGCUGCUUGCCCCGUUCCCCAUCUCCUCUUGUUCACCUCGGUCACAGCGCAGCACACAGACCACGCUCUCUUGCUCCAGUUCCACUUCCAGCAACAGCUCCAGCAACAGUGAGGGCGGCCACAGCCUUGAGUCAUCUGAGGGAGCCCCCUUCUCAAGGCCUUCCCCGGCUCGACGCAGCCUCAGGAACCUCAAAGCCAGACUUGAUCCUCGCAACUGGCUCCAAAGUCAGGUGUGAACUUGACCCGCCUGACAGACAUUUUACACUGGCCUAAAGGCAACAGUUAAAAGUUUAAACCAUGGUUUACCUGGCUUAACAUAUAUGUGAACCAAGCUCAGGCAGUGGCCACAUGCACAGCCCUGAGGAGGAUAAGCUGCCUCUACUGCCUCCUGGUGGAGGAUGGAUCAUGAAAGACCCCCCUGGGGCAAACUGGAAUGUCUUCUAACACAAAGGGCAGGUGACAAUCACUGCAGGUGACUGGACUUUGCUGGGUUGCCACCAUUUUUAAGAUGAUCCAAUACUAAAUGGGAGUUAUUCUGCUUGCUUGGAGAAUUAUUAUGGUAAUGCUGCUUGGAAGGAAGUGAUGCUAAGAGUGAAGGACUUGAUCUAAUAAACAGGUUACACUGGGCCUACUGUCUGUCCUUGGACUCUUACUUCUGAAACAUGUUUUGUUUUGACCUUAUUUGCCAUCCUGGCUACUCAAACAAUGUUUCAAAAUCAGAUAUAUUAAUGCACUAGCAGUAUUUUGACUGGAUGUUUCAUAUCUGUAUUUUAUAGCAAAAGGUUUGCAGGGGUUAUGCUAUGAAAGCCAGUGAGCAUGUGGAAAGAUGAACAUAAGGUAUAAUCAGUCUGGAGUUUUCAAAAGUUAGAACAUGUUAAUUGUGCAGGACCAGGUUGGAGUCUGUACUGUCUACUGUGUCUACUUCAGUGUAUGCAUCGGAUUAUUCAUACAACAGAUUAUCUUCGUGGUUCUCCUAAAAUUACUAUGCACCAUUUUGUUUGUUUUUGCACAUGAUUUGACGUCAAGUUUAAAUGUUGAACUACUUGAGAUCAUUUCAACAAUGCAUCUAGUGAAAGUUUAACUUUAUGCAAGUGAUCAUACAUAUUGUACUGGUUAUUACUGUGAUCUCUUCUGGGUAAAAGUCUGUCCUCUGGUCUUAACUUUCACACAUUUAUCUGCACACUAUUGACAUCGCCAGAACUAGGUCAUAUAUUCUACAUACACAGAACAAACCUUUGAAUAAGAUGAAAUUAAUUUAAGCUUAAGUAUUGUUUCCAAGUAAUUCCAGUAAUUCUGCUGAACUGCAGUAUUGUUGGAUUCUAUUAAGAUUACCAGUUCCUGAUUUUGAGCAAGAGCAAGAAUAACAUGGUGUGUGUGUACACUUCCAUGUAUUUAUUUAGUUAUGUAAGUUAAUGCCAUUUAGACGACUCUUAACCGCAGUUAAUUUUUGUCACAAGAAAACAAUCAUCUAACUCAAAUCUCAUGGGUGAGUCUGUCUGUCAGUGCAGUCGCCUCUUCUACUCUGUUUGCAUUGUUUACUGUGGAUUUUACUUUUGUAACAGUUUCCCUCUUGGAGCUCAGAACUUGUGCAAUUUGACUAACAUUUAAAACUGUCAAAUAGUUUAAAAAACAUUUGUUACUGUAAAUUCAUUUUUAACAAAUAAACCUCUGUCUUCUGUUA